GUACACAACAGGGACAAACAGCGAAGUGUAAAAAUAUACCUAGUUGUACAUAAUCAUAUUCGAGCUUCCUAGCUUUUACAGGUAUGAUCGAUAAAAACGGGAAUGCAUUGUAUUGCAAAGCAUAGGGAAGUGGAGACAAAGUUCACAGUUGAAAUUUUGAAUUUUGUACGUGAGUGAGAAACAGUGUGGCAGAUGUUUGGUGAGCAGGGUGGUACUGCCGAGAGUUGUGUGUAAGGUUCAUAAGCAUCGAAUAUGCAUCCUCGUUUUGCUAGUAUUAUUCUCGAUUUAGAUCGAUUCGGACUAAAUGAUACUGAUAACAUUGCUGGAGUAAAAAUGAUAAUGUCUCAUAGGACGAGUUGAAUCUGCGAUAGUUCAGGGCGUGCGUGCUGAUAUCGAUGAUCAUGCUGAUAUAACUGGGCUUCAGCGCGUUGCCAUCAAGGUUCACAGUACAUAUUAACUAUUAACUUAGUCUUUGAUCUGUGGUGUAGUUUUAACUGAAAUCGAUAUUAUCGAUUCGCAUUGUUCGAAUCAUGCUUGACUCUGAGAGUUUUCGCGUUUUCUUUCUGAAUAUAUUGAGAAAGGAAAACAUUGGGAGUAGUUUUGUGAGCGCAGUCCUGAAGAAAGACUUUCCUAUGAUGUUUUUUCGGUCAUCGAAGUUGUACACAUUUAUCCAAAUUGGUUAUUUAAAGGCCAUUGAAAGUUCAAUUAGUGAGGUCUAUUUGUACAGCGCGACAAUACAUCAUCGUAUAGCAAGUUGUAAGUUAAAAUAUUAUAUUUUGAAUGUAAUGGUUUUCUCAUGGCUUUUGUAUUGUUUUAUCUCUCCUCCUUCCUAG